AUGAAUAAAGAAGAAAGUGAAAUAAUCCGAGAACCGAUGGAUUCGCUGUUUUCACGUGAACAACUUCAGGAUAAUAGCAAUGAGCCGUGGUGGCAAAAAAAUUUUCUCAUCACUCGACCAUUAUUAUUUGGUACUUGGGAUGGUGUUUUUACCACCGUUUUGGUUAAUAUUUUUGGUGUUAUUGUAUUCCUUCGUAUGGGAUGGAUUGUGGGAAUAGCUGGCGUAGUAAAUUCAGUUAUCUUACUGAUUAUUUGUACAACUCUUGCAUUAAUAUCUGUCUUCUCUGCUAUUGGUAUUUGUGAACGAUGUCAAAUUCAAAGUGGCGGCAUAUAUUUUCUUGUGUCAAAUAUACUUGGUGGCCAAAUUGGUGGCGCUGUUGGCUUAAUGUAUGCUUUUGGACAGUCGGUUGCAACUGCAUUAGUUGUUAUUGGUUUUGGUGAAAGUAUCGCAGGUUUUUUUGGAAUUGAAAAUUCGUUUAUUUAUAAAUUCGUUGCUAUUAUGGCAUUACUUGCUUUGACAGGAAUCAAUAUGAUUGGUGUACGUUGGGUUAUUCGAUUACAAUUGAUAUUAUUAGUAUUUUUGACGCUUGCUGUUAUUGACUUUUAUAUAGGAGCACUAUUUAAAAUCGAUAUUGAACAUGGCAUCGGGAAAUUCUCUGUGUUACGAUUUAAUGAAAAUAUGAAUCCAAUGUACGAUGGUUUUAAUUGUUCUCAACUUGGCUUCGAUACACAACAAAUCAGCCAAAACUUUUUUACCGUUUUUGGUGUAUUCUUCGCGAAUUUUCUCGGUGUUUUAGCAGGUGUGAAUAUGAGUGAUGACCUGAGAGAUCCACAACUCAGCAUACCUGUAGGUGAAUUAUCUGCAAUUUCUGUCAGUUCGAUGAUUAUUCUAACGUUCAUACUCCUCUUUGGAUCAUUAGUUAAUCGAGUUUAUCUGAUCUGUGAUACGUUGAUUGCUGCGAAAGUAUCAAUUACGGGAUUUUUCUAUCUUACCGGACUUUACGUUUCAUCAUUGAGUUCAACGGUUGGCACAUUGCUUGGCACUCCACGAGUUAUUCAAAGUAUCGCUUCUGAGGGUAUCAUACCACUUCUCAAUCCGUUAGCAGUUGGUCAUGGCGCAAAUAAAAGUCCACUACGUGCAAGUGUUGUAAUGAUGCUAAUUGCAAUUAUUUUUGUAUUACUUGAUGAUUUAAAUCAGUUAGCAAUCCUUUCAACGAUGCCAUUUUUGAUAACUUAUGCUUUCAUUAAUUAUUCUUAUGUUUCAUUAGCGAUGAGCUAUGAUCUUCAAGCUGUCAACAAAUUGACUGCUACAACAAAAUAUGGAAGUAUGGGACGUUUAAAAGAUGAUGGAAUGGAUAAUCGUGAGGAAGAUGCCACCAAUUUGACAAAGUUAUUUCCGGAAAGAAAUUUACAUAAUUUACCAAAUGAAGAAGAAAGUUCCAGUUCCAUAAUUAGUCAACCACGUACGUGGUAUUCAAUUUUCAGUAAUCGUUACAUAUCACUUAUCGGAGCUAUUACAAACAUCCUUAUAAUAUUAUUUAUAAAUUUUUGGUAUGCAUUGCUACAUCUGCUAGCAUUAGCAGCUUUAUAUUAUUAUAUUGGGCGCGUUUGUCCAUCCGUUUCACCCGGUAUCAGUCAAUUCUCACUUCACCAUAUGUUUAAGACCGCAUUUUCAAAUAUUGAAAUAAAUAACACAGCAAAUUUUGCCAAUGUAAUUGCUGCGAAAAAUAUUGGUAUUAGUCCGGAAGUGGAAACCACAACUAUAAAUGAGGAAAAUCCGGAUUAUUCAAACCGGAAACGUUAUCAUCAUGCUGAACAAACCGAAGCAGUUAUAAGUGAUCUAUAUUAA